GCGAGAGAUGGAAGGAGGAGGAGGCUUGGAGGAGGGCGUGAUGAGGGUGCUGCUGGUGGACGACUCACCGGUGGACAGGAAGGUGGUGCAGCUCGUGCUCGGCAGCAACACCUUCGCCGGCUCCUUCCACGUUACCGCCGUCGACAGCGCCAAGAAGGCCAUGGAGUUCCUCGGCCUCAAGGACGGCAAGGAGCAGGCCAUCGACAUGGUGCUCACCGACUACUGCAUGCCCGAGAUGAACGGCUAUGACCUCCUCAAAGCCAUCAAGGCGAUGAGUUUCCUGAAGCCGAUCCCGGUGAUCGUCAUGUCGUCGGAGAACGAGCCCCAGAGGAUCAGCAGAUGCCUGAAAGCCGGUGCUGAAGAUUACAUCGUGAAGCCUCUCCAGACCAAGGACGUGCCGCGCCUGAGGAGCUGCUCAAACGCGAAAUCGAAGGACGCCUCCUGCAAUACUGUGAGCAACAGGAAGCUGCCUGCAGACCAUAUCGUCGUCGACGGCGCGUCGUCGCCGGGGCGGCGAGCGCACAUCACCGAGAUCGCCAUGAUUCUGCAUUCGUCAAGUGCUGGGCUCUCGCACUACUUCCCGUUCCUCUUCAAGUUCAUCCUGCUGGUCUACACCAUCCUGUGCCUGGGCGAGCUCCUGCACAGAUGGUCCAACGGCUCCUUCCUCUCCAUGUGGUGAUGGUGCUGCAGUGCAUUCCAAGGACAUGCCGCAGCUCAGCAAGGAGUUGUAGCUUCUGCAGUGAGCAGUGAACACCCCAGGUGUUCAACAACCAUGGAUAGAGAGCUUUUAGGUAGAAUUUGUUUGGUUUGAGAUGAUGCUAACCGGGCGUUGGUUCUUGGCCUUCGGCUGAUGAGUGACUUGAGGAACAACCCCCUGUACUGUAUCCUUGUACAAAACGCACAAUGAGGCAGGCAGUAUCUCAUGUCCCUUUUGGCUUGGA